ACACCCGGCCCUCUCGCCUGCCGCAGCCCUCAGCCUGCUGCCGCCGCCGCCGCCGCCAGCUUCUGCUUCAGACUGUCAGAUAAAGCGGCGGCCGGGCCGGCUAGGUGGUGAGCACGGCCCGGGCCAGACAUGGCGGCGCUCUACGCCUGCACCAAGUGCCACCAGCGCUUCCCCUUCGAGGCGCUGUCUCAGGGGCAGCAGCUGUGCAAGGAAUGUCGGAUUGCACACCCUGUUGUCAAGUGCACCUACUGUAGGACAGAGUAUCAACAGGAGAGUAAAACCAAUACAAUAUGCAAGAAGUGUGCUCAGAAUGUGCAGUUGUAUGGAACGCCCAAACCUUGUCAGUAUUGCAACAUAAUUGCAGCAUUUAUUGGCAACAAAUGCCAGCGCUGCACAAAUUCAGAGAAGAAGUAUGGACCACCAUAUUCCUGUGAACAGUGCAAACAGCAAUGUGCCUUUGACAGGAAAGAUGAUAGAAAAAAGGUAGAUGGGAAAUUGCUGUGCUGGCUGUGCACACUCUCAUACAAACGGGUCCUUCAGAAGACCAAAGAGCAGAGGAAGCACCUGAGCAGCUCUUCCCGUGCCAGCCACCAGGAGAAGGAGCAGUACAGUCGACUGAGUGGUGGCAGCCAUUAUAACAGCCAGAAAACACUUUCCACAUCUUCAAUUCAAAAUGAAAUCCCAAAGAAAAAAUCCAAGUUUGAGUCAAUCACAACCAAUGGAGACAGCUUUUCCCCAGACCUGGCUCUGGACUCACCAGGCACUGAUCACUUUGUCAUCAUCGCCCAACUGAAGGAAGAAGUAGCUACUCUGAAGAAGAUGCUUCAUCAAAAGGAUCAAAUGAUUUUAGAGAAAGAGAAGAAGAUCACAGAGUUGAAGGCUGAUUUUCAAUACCAAGAAUCUCAGAUGAGAGCCAAAAUGAAUCAGAUGGAGAAAACCCACAAAGAAGUCACAGAACAAUUGCAGGCCAAAAACCGAGAGCUGCUAAAGCAGGCAGCUGCCUUGUCCAAGAGCAAGAAGUCUGAGAAGUCAGGAGCUAUAACAUCUCCGUGAGAGACCGCGAGGAUGCCCUCAGCAACAGCAAAUGGAUUUCUGGGUUAGGGUUGGCGACCUGGCUGUUCUCGGGGAAUUGCAAGCUUUCUUAAGAAAUCUCUAUUUUAUUACAGUUAUCCUUUGUGUGAUUGCAGUGGGCUGAAUGGAAACACCUGGUUUGUCCUGUUAUAACUGCAUGCUUGAAUGUUUGGGGUUUCAAGCUCUCUCACUCUCUCACACUUCCCACCCCACUCCAAUACUUAGCUCAGUACUACUAUUUCUCUCUCUCUCUUUUUGGUACUAUUUUUUUCUGUGUGUGGUGGUCACUGCUCAGUGUUAUGUGCAGAAUUUUUUUUUUUUGGUCCAUCAUUGCAUCCUGCCAUACCCAUGAGCAAAUGUUUGGCAUUAAAUACGUAUCACUGCCACCCUCUGAACUUUAAAAACUGCCACCUUAAGACUUCGUACAAUGGAAGAGGCUUUCUCUCUCCAGUAAAUCUUUUGCUUCAGGGUAUACUCUUGGGUUUUUUUCCAGGUAUAUUAUGUAUGAACUUUGUACUAUGUAUAGCCAGAGUUUUAUUUAUUUUUUAAAAAGAAACUUUUUCUUGAUAAAGGAAUACUGAUAACCCAGCUUGUUCUUCUUGUAAAAGUGAUGCCUCUUUUAAAAAAGUCCUACUGUCUAGCUUUUAGUAAAAUAAUCAGAUCUUUUCUUUCCUGUUACCUUGGAGUCUUAAAAACUGAUGGCUAAGGAGAAACAAUUCAAUGCAUAAGUAUGGAGUUAAGUGCCUUUUGGAGGAUUUCUUUGAAGAGUAUUUAAGAAUAUGCUUAAGGAAGGUAGCAGAAGUUUGAGCAGCCUGUCUUUUUAAGGGCGGAAAGGUUGUCCAGGUUGUACUGGACACUUCCUUCCCCUGCUCCUGUCCUGAUUGUUUUAUGUGACUGAUUUUAACUUCUCACACUGCCACUUCUUUUUUCAAAACUAUCCUUCACUUGCUUAUAUUAAUUGUCAUACUGGGCCAUUAUCAGAGAACAUUCUUUUUCACAUGAGCAGAUUCAAAAUGGUAUACUAUUUGCACAAAGAGCAUUUUGGGGGGUCAGUACGAACUGCUCAAGUGUGGACUCUGAGUUUGGGAGAAAUGAUGUGAAUGUACCUUCUCCCCACUCCUCCUCACCCAUCCAGCCUGUACACUCCCUGCUUUUAAAAUGGGAAGGUGUUGAAAAUAGGUGCUUCUCAGGAGCAGCUUGGCCUCAGCCAGAAUUAUGUCCGGUUUUCCCUUCUUGAUCCAAUAGGCAUGUGUACUUCCUUUUCCAGGAGAGCAGCUAGAUUUGCAUUUCUAGCUGUACUCUUGGGGCCUCCCUGUGAUGUUUGUGGAAGAAAUUAGAGAUGUGUAGUGUGCCGUGAGAUAGAGUAAAACCAACUACUUUAGGAUUAGGUACUGGAGUUAAAGUUAAUCCUGAGAGCAAAUGACAUCUGUGCCUCAGUCUACCAAAAUCAAAGUAAGUUUGACUUGUCAGGCAUUUCCUAGAAGCAAAUGCUUACCAUCUGUGAUAGCAUUCUCAUAGGCAAAGCCUGGCACAUAAUUGGACAGAGAUGUGGGAAUGGGUGGCAUCCUUCUGAUCAGAGAAGUAAUGGGCCAUGUGUCUUACCUAUCACUCUAGUAGGGAAUGUAACUUUCCCUUCUGAGCAGGGGAAACAGCAGUGCUAAAUAGUUUUGUAACUUUUUGGAUGAGAAACUUUUAAGUAAAGAUAAGCUGUCAGAUAAUAUUUUUCAGAUUCAUUUACAUUGACUAUGGGGAAAAGAUUGUGAAAGUUAUGGUCAUGGUAUUUUUUUUUUUUAAUUUUAAAGACGAGAAAUUCUGUUACGUGAAGUGACAAUAUAAAAACACAUAGUUUUAUACUAAAUCAUUUUUUAAGGUCUUGGCAUUUAAUAUAAAGCAAAUCCACACAUUUUCUAACUUUCCACAAGUUCCAAAAAGGGAAGGAAGAAAUUUCGGUCUUGAGACUGGUUUUUAAAAAUCAUGACUCUGUUUUUCCAUGAAACUGAGUAGCUAACUUUUGGUAACACCUUUUGUUUAUUUGUAUGUUUGUAAUAAUGGACAUUUUAAAACACAGGAGUGUUUUGGUUUGUACAGACUUUGAAAAAUGUGUGUUAAUAAAAGUUCAUAUUGACUCAA